CUAAUUCCCAAUAGGAGGUUCAUAUCGUUUAUCAUUACUCCCAGUUUCAUAAAGCACUGAGAAUUUUAAGUGGAGUAUAUUGAAGUAGACUUCAGUUUCUUUGCAUCAUUCCUGUAUUGGAUUUUUAAAAUUCUUUCAUAACCCUAUUGAGUGUUUAAGUAAGUUAACAUGGCUCGAAUGAACCGCCCUGCUCCUGUGGAAGUCAGGUACAAGAACAUGAGAUUCCUUAUUACACACAAUUCAAUCAAUGUGACCUUAAACAAGUUUAUUAAGGAACUUAAGAAGUAUGGAGUUACCACAAUUGUAAGAGUAUGUGAAGGAACUUAUGACACUACUCUGGUGGAGAAAGAAGGCAUCCAUGUUCUCAAUUGGCCUUUUGAUAGUGGCUCACCACCUUCUAACCAGAUUGUUGAUGACUGGUUAAGUCUUGUAAAAAUAAAAUUUCGUGAAGAACCUGGUUGCUGUACUGCAGUGCAUUGUGUUGCAGGCCUUGGGAGAGCUCCAUUCAUAAGACAAAAGCGACAUGGAGCAUUUAACAGCAAGAAGCAUUUGGAAAAGUACCAACCUAAAAUGCGGCUAUGCUUUAAAGAUGCCAACAAUCACAGAAACAACUGUUGCAUUCAAUAA